UGUUCUGCAGAGGAAGGUCAAACAGGUUUUGAAUGACAUCAGGCUGAAGAAAUGAUGAAAUGAUUGUCUUUUUUUGGGAAAACAAUCCUUAUAAGCUUUUUCACUCUCACAUUUAAAUCACAUUUCAUCCAUUCCUAUUCAUUUUGCACUUAAUUUAAGUGCAUACAUAAGCACAUACGUGUCAUACUGUUCAUCUGUUUAAAAAAUAAACAUGAAAGUAAAUGGAAUCCUGAAGGUAUAUAGGAAAAUUUAUUUCUUGUAAUAACACCUGCUGCAGAAUUGGUGAGUGAUAGCCAGAUAUGUUUGGGCUUUGGCAGUAGAAUGUGACGGUAAUGUUCAUUGUCCAAUCAGCAGCCUGAGAUUCAAGACAGCACCAUUGUUUGCCCGUCUUUUUCCUCCCCUUUUGCCCCGACCAAGACCUGUAUAAAGGCUACCUUCGCGAAACUGAAUACGUAUUAUUUAAGAUCAGAAAGAAAACAGGACGUCAUAUUUUAAAAGCUUAAAACAACUAUACAAGGAAUAAGAUAACAAACAACAUGCUGAAAAAAGCACUUGCUAUCUACAUUUAUGCACAGGUGGCUCUGUGCGUAUUGGUGAGGGCGCAGUGCCCUGCGCGCUGUAGCUGUCCGGAUCCUCCACCGUGCGCUCCCGGUGCGCACCUCGUUAUGGAUGACUGCGCCUGUUGUCUAGUGUGCGCACGACAGCGUGGUGAACUCUGCUCGGAAAGGAACCCUUGCGACACGCAGAAAGGACUCCAGUGCGAUUAUGCCCGUAGUGUACGCAGGAGGACAGGUGUAUGUGUAGCUCGUGAGGGAGAUGUUUGUCGAUUGGAUGGCGCCGUCUAUCAAAAUGGAGAAACAUUCUUUCCAAGCUGCAAAUACCAGUGCUUGUGUAAGGAUGGUCAGAUUGGGUGUGUGCCACGCUGUAAUCUGGGCAUGAUGCUUCCGGGACCCGACUGCCCCUUUCCACGGACGAUUCAAGUUCCUGGCGAGUGCUGUGAGAAGUGGGUGUGUAAUGCUCAGGAUCAGAUGAGCGCACUCGGCGGGUUUGCAAUGGCAGCUUACAGGCAGGAGGAGACGGUGGGCUUUGACCAGUGGGACUCUAGUGUAAAUUGUAUCGAGCAGACCACAGAAUGGAGCGCCUGCUCCAAAACAUGUGGCAUGGGAAUGUCCACCCGUGUGACCAAUAAGAAUCAACGCUGUGAUAUGACCAAGCAGAGCAGACUUUGUAUGAUAAGACCCUGUGAAAACUUGAACGAGCUGAAAACCACAACAGAAGGCCAGUGUCUGAGAACAAAGAGAAGCACCAAUAUCAUUAACUUCACCUUGAAGAAUUGCACCAGUGUCCAGGUCUACAGACCUCGGUUUUGCGGGCUGUGCAGUGACAAUCGGUGCUGCACCCCUCACAGCACAAAGACGGCUCAGGUGGAGUUCCAGUGCCCGGAGAACAAGAUCAUCAAGAGACCUAUGAUGUUCAUUAACACCUGUGUAUGUCAUCACCACUGCCCACGAGACAACACCAUCUACCAGCCUCCUGCCAGCACAGGUCACAGGGGCCUCCAACUGUGAAAGCAGGAAUAUAACAGAUGAAAGAAUAAAAUAUGAAGCCGUCUGUAAAAUAAAUACUGUAUAUGCACUUGAGCUUCUUGAGAUGGGAGUGUACGAUUUGUGAAAAAGUAGAACUUUUCUACUUGUUUCUACUACAAGAAGGUUUAAAAUUCUUUAAAGGUCCAAAUGAUUGAUCUUGUUUAUAACUAGCUUAUUUGCACAUUUAUCUCAGUCAAACCACGUUCACCCUAUGCUUUCUAGCUUUGUUAGCUGAUCUUAGAUCAGCCCUUUAAAAAACCUUCCACCAAUGUCACAUGAAUUUGUCUCCUGGAAGGUUUGUUUAAAGAUGACCUCUCCCAUGCCCUUGUGUGCUGAAUAGAGCAGCAUGUCUUGUGUGUUUGGUCAGUCACAUAGUUGAGGGGAAUUCUCUAUGUUUUCCCUGUGAUAAAGACUAUUCUUUCUCUAUAGGUAAAGGUCUUUUUACAAGAGCUGACUUUGAUGCCUGGUGUUUAAUGGCAUUCACAUACACAUAUGGUAAUAAUCAAUGCCAUAAAUAAUGCACCUUCAAAUAAGACAAAUAAUUCACAGUUAUAGUCACUCCUAACCUUUCAUGUGUUGCAUCCAGUGUGCAUUUCCCAAUAAAGUUGUAUUUUUUUAAUAAAAAAUUCUCAAAACUAAAAUGUUCAAAAUCAUU